GUCGAGUUCGUAUACCAAGUCAACCUUUGUAUUUGUCUAAUUUUAAUAUAAAUAAAAGUUUCGUUUUUAAUCUAGAAGUCGAAACAAUUAAUGAUUGGUUAAUUAGUUAUUUAAUUAUUAUUGUUCGUCUUCAAGAGGAUUUACCCGCCGUUCUAAUGGAAUUUAAUUGUAUUUUAUUUAAACUUUUCCCGCGAAUAAAAAAGUGGAACUUUGCGCUUGCGUAAUUAACUACAUAAAUUACUCCGUUCGUUUUAUCAAAAGGGGAAGUGAGGGGAAAAGCAAAGAAAAUUGCUGAAUCGCCUUAAAGUUGGAAAAGGACAUAAAUACAGAUACUGUUCUGCAAAAUUGAAACGUGCAAAAUGUCCAACAAUUUCUAUCCAAAUAGUUGUUACAUAUGUAAAAAGACAACAUCAUUAAAAAGAUGUAGUCGUUGUAACAUGAUAUCAUAUUGCGGUGAAAUACAUCAAAAAGAACAUUGGGAUAUACACAAGGAUUUAUGUCGAAUAAUUACAAAUUUAACGAAACAAAAGAAAUUAACUCAUCUUUAUGAAAAUUUACGUGAUAGCAAUUCAUUAACAUGGUUAAAUUCACGUGAAGAAAUGUGGAAGAAAAUAUCAUCAAUGUUGGGACGUGAUCUUAAAAGUUUUGAAAAACAUAUGUUUCAAUUUCCACGUUCAUGUUUUGUUUGUUACGACACAAGACAAAAUAAUUUAAUAAAUUGUCCCAAUUGUCCAUUGGCGUCAUUUUGUAAGCAACAUCCACGUUCAAUAAUUCACGAUGAAUUAUGUGGUGAAAUGAAUUUUUGUCACACAAUUGACAAUCAAUUGGAAUAUUAUCAAGAAACAUUGACAAAUUUAAUUGGAAUACUAUUCUCUCCGCCGAGUUUGAAAAAAAUGCCAACAUCAACAAGCGAAUAUUUCGAUCGAAUUUUAAAACCAUAUCCAGAAUUAAAUAAUGAAGCGAAAAUUUAUGCCUCAACAUUCAUCUAUUUGCCAUUGACUAUUUUUGGAGCUCUUGAAAAAUUAAAUAAAACAUCAUCCACAACAUUGGUAAUUUAUGUUGAUGUAAUUGAUAAAAUUAAUAUUUUUUCAUUAUUCUGUGAAAUUUUAAUGCAUUUAAUGCCAAAUUUAGAGAAUCUCAUGGUAAUCACAAUAAGUGGGAAAGUAUCAUGUGAUGAGGUAACACUUUGUAAAAAAUGCAUUUCAAAAAAGAGAAAAGCAACACUUCAACAAUUCACUAUGCAAUCAAUGAGUAAAUUUAAUUAUAAUUUUGUCAAUCUCGCAAUAUUUAACAGUUUGGAUCCACCAGAUAUUAAUGAUCAUCGAUUUAAAGUAUUCAUUCAAUAUCGUUUUGUUUGGAAUAAUUUUCACUGUCCUUUAGUUUUAACAUCACAUACGGAAAUUUAUGCUCAUCGUACCAAAAAUCAUUAUGAAUUAUUUUGUCCUAAUCGUGGCAUUAUUUACAAUGGUAUCAAUAAUUUUGCGGGUUUAUGUCCCUUUAGAAUUUGGCAAGAUUGGCGUAUUGGAAGACAAUCUCAAUUUAUGUUAAUUGCCAAUGCAAUAGAAGAUAGUUCAAGUACAUCGAAUACAAUGACAGAGAAUUUACCAUUAAUGGAAAACAUACAGCCAAAUGCAGAGCAAAUUUUUAAGAAAUUUAAUCCUGGCACAUGUCAUGUGUGUAAAUAUCAUAAUACGACAAUAUCAUGUACACGUUGUAAAAUGAUUUUUUACUGUUGCAAAGAUCAUAUGAAAAUGAAUCAAUUGGAUCAUAAGACGAUGUGUAAAGUGAUUUUGGGAUUUUUAAAUGAAAAAGAAACGCCGCAUCUUUUUGAUAAAAUGAAAAUUGAUAAUGAUGAGAAAUGGUUGGAGGCAAAGGUGAAUUUUAUGAAACAAGCAAAAUUGAAAUUAAAUCGUGAUUUAUUGAAUUUUGAGAAGCAAAUGUUUCUAUUUCCAAAGACAUGCUUUGUUUGCCAUGAAAGCGAUUUGAGUGUUCUCAAAACAUGCCUUUGUAGUGUAAGUCUGUGCAAGCUUCAUCGAGAUGACGCCGAACAUAAAAAUCUCUGCAAGGAUUUCCAAUUAAAUAUAAAAUUAGAGACCAGCAACGAAAAGCCAGAUGAGCCAUUCACAACUGCAGCUUCAUUGAAAAAAAAGAAGAAAAAAAUUCUACCAUCAUCAAUGGAUAAAUUUAUUGAUUUAUAUUUUCUUUUAAAAAGUCAUCACGAAGAAAUGCAAAAAUUUAUUGUCUCUGAUUUAUUGACACGGCCAUUGACAUUUAUUUAUGCUGUUGAAAAAUUGAAAAUACACAUUCCAAAAACAAUUUCUAUUCACAUUGUGGGAGCAACUGGAGAGGAAUUUGAUCAUGUGGGCUAUUGGCAAACUCUUUUCUAUUGGUUCAAUAGUUUACAUGUUUUGCUCAUUGAUUUCAUUGGCAAUGAACUUGUCGAAUAUGAUCAACUUAUUUUCAAAAGUCCAUUUAAAUUACCUGAUUUUUAUCUAGACGGAAGACAAUUGAGUUUAAAUUCAUUUAAGGGACGUUACGAUGAAUUUGUAAAGAGUGAAGAAUUCUCUGAACCUGAUAUAAUUAUUGGUUACAAUUUGAAUAUUCACGAGAGUAAUUAUGGAAUUUCCGAGAACACCUGGCAAGAAACGCUCUCAACUAUUAGUAAAAUGAAUGUUCCAUUUAUAAUGACUGCACCGUCCGCGAAACGUGGGAUAAAAGAUCAUGAAAUGCUUUGCUCACUAUUGAAUAAAACAAUUAAUUACGAAUUUGCGAUAGAAAAUCCUUACGCAAGUUUAGUGCCAGAUCGAGACUUCGAAACAGAAAGAUUGUGUUAUUCGAAUAAUUAUGUGAUUGCUUACAAGGAUUUUAGUGAAGCAAAUGAAAGUUUAAAGAAUGAAUUAGUAAAUCUUAAAAUUGAAAAUUAAAAAAUUUACUAAUUAUCUCCGAUCAAUUUGAAUUUAUUUUUUUUUACUAAUUAAGAAAAUUUACUAAUUAUCUACAAUCUUAAUUUUUUUACCAAUUAAGAAAAUUUAUUACAUUAUCAAAACUUAAAAGUAUUAAAAACAUUUUUUUUGUUUGUUAUUUUUCAAACAAAUUUUGUUUAUUUUGUUCUGUUUAUAUUAAAAAAGUUUUGAGUAUUAUAUAUGUAUAAUAAAAAAUGAAAAUUGUUCAAUAAACUUAAUUUCUUUUGCAAGAA